UCCUGUCUCACACUUCUGCCUCACUUUCAUGCACUUAACUUCAACUUUACAAUAGUGCCUGCUCUGUACUCCAUUUUUUUUUUAUCACAUUUACUAUCAUUGACUGAAGGACACUUCAAGACUUACAUUUGAUUCAAUGAGAUCUACAUUGAAGUUUUGAGAUUACUGAGGCCAUGGGAAAAAUAAAAGGACUGCUGCCACUCAUUAUUUUGGCAUCAGGUUUUCUUGUAAGCAGUGCACAAAAAACAGUAUGCACAGAGGAAGCAUUAGCUGAUAUCGUCCUCCUGGUUGAUGGUUCUUGGAGUAUUGGCAAUGAAAACUUCCAGAAGAUCCGUGAUUUCCUCUUCAAUUUGUUGAACAGUUUUGAUGUUAGUCCUGAUAAGGUGCAAAUUGGCCUAGUGCAGUAUAGUAACUCACCCCACACUGAGUUUUACCUUAACAGCUUUGAUACCAAGCAGAAGAUUCUUGACUACAUCACAAAACUUUCAUACCGAGGCGGUGGCACCAAGACUGGAUUAGGGUUAAACUUCUUGCUGACACAGCACUUUGUAAAAGAAGCAGGCAGUCGUGCUGGAGAUGGUGUGCCUCAAAUUGCUGUGGUUAUCACAGAUGGACAAUCACAGGACAAUGUGGAGGUGCAUGCACAGGACCUAAAGCAGAAGGGAAUCAUACUUUAUGCCAUUGGUAUUAAAGAUGCUGAUAUGGAGCAGCUGAAAGAAAUCGCUACUCAGCCACAUGAGCAGCACAUCUAUGGCGUAUCUGAUUUCACAGCUUUGGAAGGAAUCUCACAAAGUUUUAUUCAAGUUCUCUGUAAAACAGUGGAAGAAGCCAAACGCCAGGUGUCUCAGAUACCACAAGGAUGCAAGGCUGACAUUGUGUUCCUAGUGGAUAGCUCUAGUAGUAUUGGUGAUGCAGACUUUCAGAAGGUAAAAAAGUUCCUGCAGACAUUCAUAGGGGGUCUUGAUGUUAAGCCUGAUAAAGUCAGAGUAGGACUCGCACAGUUUAGCAAUGACCCUAAACAAGAGUUCCUGUUGGCGGAAUAUGCGAACAGGAAUGACCUGCUGGAUAAAGUAGAGAAACUCACCUACCUAAAAGGAGGUACUGAAACGGGAAAAGCUCUCACUUUUAUCCAAAAUAAUUACUUCACAGAGGCAGGAGGCAGUCGGAUCAAUCAGAGUGUGCCUCAGAUUGCUGUAGUGAUCACAGAUGGUGAGUCUGCUGAUACAAUGGACAUUCCAGCCAUGGAGUUACGGAGAAAGGGUGUGUUAAUUUUCACCAUAGGGGUUGGUGAGGCCAGCAUUAAAGACUUGCAGUCCAUUGCUAACAAACCGCAUCAGCGUUUUGUACUCAGUUUCACUGACUAUGAGGAGCUGCUAAAGGCAACCACAAGAACAGUAGAAAAAGUAUGUAUUUCUGUGGAGGCCCAGCAGCAAGCUCUUGCGCCGAAGUUUGCAGAUGUGUUUGUGUUGGUGGACAGCUCAGUUGAGCAGACACAAAAGGUGACACAGUUGCUAAUUCGACUAGUUAACCAACUUAGCGUGGCGAGUCUGUCUAAUCGGCUGGCUUUGGCUCAGUUUGGUGAAGAUGUUUCAGUGGAAUUUCGUUUUGAUGCUUACAAAACAAAAAAUGAAGCACUCACACUUAUCCGCAAAUUCCAACUAAAAGGCCCUGGGCAGAAGCGCAAUCUUGGAAAAGCUAUGGAUUAUGUUCGCACUCACCUCCUCGAUACUGCAGCAGGUAGCCGAAUUGCUAAAGGUUAUAAGCAGUACCUGCUGGUGGUAAGCAAAGGAGAAUCUGAUGACAAUAUAUUUAGAGCAGUUCGUGCAUUAAAGGAUGAAGAAGUGACUCUUAUCAAUUAUGACUUCAGCAAAGAAUUUAGCUUUGUAUUUUCACCUGCUGCACCCGGAACACCUGGACCACGUGGCCAUUCACCACAGACAGUACCUCACACACAUGCUAUUCCUGCAAAAAACAAAAAUGUCAUUGAAAUAACAAAUGAUGUGAAGACUGUCAUUGGAACAACGGAAAUGGUGACAGUAACUGGAGACUGCAGGGCAGCUGAAUUGGCAGAUAUAGUGUUUAUUGUGGAUGUGUCCGACAGCAUAUCUGGUUUAAACUUCAAACUGGUCCGUGACUUUCUCCACCGCAUGAUUAAUGGCUUAAGCGUUAAUCGCACUGACAGUGUACGAGUGGGAAUGGUGUUGUACAGUGACACACCCACAGCUGAAUUCUACCUAAACACUUUUGAUUACAAAGAUGACAUCCUGCAGUACAUUCAACUUUUGCCCUUUAGAGGUGGAAAAUCAAAUACUAGCAAGGCUCUGAAAUUUGCAAGAGAGAAAGUCUUCACCAAAGAGACAGGCAGUCGGCGUGACUUUGGAGUGCAGCAGAUUGCUGUAGUUAUAACAGAGGGGGACUCCUUGGAUAAUGUCACAGUUCAGGCUACAGAACUAAGGCGCAGUGGAGUCCAGGUCUAUGCCUUAGGAGUCACGAAAGAUAAUGUGGAACAGCUGAAAGAGAUUGCAUCUUAUCCUUCCAAUAGGUUUGUGUUUAGUGUGGAAAAUUUCUCCAAGCUUAAUACAAUGGAAAAAAUGCUGAGGAAGACUCUGUGUAACAAUGUUGUUCGUUCAUCGGUUGACAAGUCCAGUAGAUACACUUUAAAGCAAGGAUGUAUCCUGACAGAAGAAGCUGACAUCUAUUUCCUAAUUGAUCAUUCUGGGAGCAUUUUUCCAUCAGACUUCAAGGACAUGAAAAAGUUCAUUCUUGAGUUUCUGCUUAUGUUUAAAAUUGGACCAAAACAGGUUCGUGUGGGUGUGGUAAAAUUUGAAAGUAAGCCCACUCUAGAGUUUAAACUUGAUAAGUAUAGUGACAGAGCUUCUAUUGAAAGAGCUGUGGACAGCAUUCUGCAAAUAGGUGGAGGCACACAGAUAGGACAGGCUCUGUCUUUCAUGAGCCCACUCUUUAAAGAGGCUGAACAGACUCGUGGUACUAAGGUUCAAGAGAUUCUCAUUGUUAUUACUGAUGGAAAGUCCCAGGAUGAGGUGAAAAUGCCAGCAGCACAACUGAGAUCACAGGGGGUGACCAUUUAUACAAUUGGAGUAAAAGAAGCAAAUGAGCAAGAGCUGCUUGAGAUAGCAGCGGACCCAAAGAGGAUGUACUUCGUCACCAACUUUGAUGCGCUGAAACCCCUCAAGAAUGAAAUUAUUACUGAUAUUUGUGCAGAAGACGCUUGCAAGAACAUGUUGGCAGAUGUCAUAUUUUUGGUUGAUGGGUCAGGAAGCAUCGACCCUGUGGACUUUUUAAAGAUGAAAAAAUUUAUGAAUGACAUAAUUUCGAAGUCUAUAAUCAACAAGGAUAGUGUACAGGUUGGAGUGGUACAGUUCAGCUCAGACGCAAAGGUGGAAUUUGCCCUCAACAAAUUUUCGGACAAAAAUGAAAUGCAACAAGCCGUUAAUGAUAUGCAGCAGAUGAAUGCUGGCACUAUGAGAAAUGCACUCUACUUUGUGUCAAAGUAUUUUGAUCCACUAGAAGGGGGCCGUCCCAGCACUCCGCAGAUUCUCAUUGUAAUCACGGAUGGGGAAUCUCAGGAUAAUGUUGCUCUGGACGCAGCAAAACUCAGAGAAAAGGGCAUUACAAUAUACUCUAUAGGUGUUCUUAAUGCAAACAGCACCCAAUUGCUAGAAAUCAGUGGAAAUCAGAACAAUGUUUAUAUGGAAAGAGAUUUUGAUGCCCUGAAUUUCCUAGAUAAAGAUCUCUUGCUUAAGAUCUGCACUUCUGUUAAAGAUUGCCAGAAAUCACAGGUAGCAGAUGUUGUUUUCUUAGUGGAUGAUUCCAGCAGCAUUUCUAAUGAGGCUUUUAAAAGUAUGAAGUUUUUUAUGAACUCAGUGGUAAACAACACAGAGGUUGGAAAAGACAAUGUCCGUUUUUGUACUAUUCUUUAUUCUGACACACCUAAAACCAAAUUUCCACUUAAUCAGUAUUAUAGUAAACGAGAGUGCGUGAUGCUAUAAGUGCUCUGGAGCAACAGGGUGGGAACACAUACACAGCCAGCACUACUUUACUCACUGAACUACUUUAGCGAAGCCAGUGGUGGCAGAAGCAAAAAAGGUGUCCCACAGAUGCUGUUUGUCAUCACGGACGGUCAGGCUACAGAUGGUAAAAUUUUAAAUUCAUCUUCCAAUGAGCUUCACAAACAUGAAGUUAGUGUUUAUGGUAUUGGAGUGGCUGAGGCAAAUAUAACUGAGCUGGAAACCAUAACCAAAGACAAGAGCAAGAUUUUCAAGGUUGAUGAUUUCGAAGCUUUGAAGACACUACAGUUCAACAUUUCCAGUGUGAUUUGCAAUAACACAAAACCAGAGUGUGAGAAAGAGUCAGCUGAUCUGAUCAUUUUGAUUGACGGGUCUGAGAGUAUUAAAGAGAAUUCUUGGAAGAUCAUGAUAUAUUUUAUGCUUAGCCUCAUUGACAAUCUGCGCAUCAAACCCGACCUCUUUAGAGUUGGUGUUGCCCAAUUUAGUACAGAUUAUGGCAAGGAAUUUUACUUGAAUAAAUUUGAUAAUGUAGUAGAUGUGAAGAAAGCCAUUGAGGGUAUUAUACAAAUGAAGGAUGGAACAAGAAUUGGAAAUGCUUUGGAUCAAGUGCAAGAGUUUUUUCACGCCAGCAAAGGAAGCCGCAUUCAAGAGGGAAUUUCACAGAACCUCCUGUUAAUCACUGAUGGAGAAUCAAAAGAUCCUGUCAAUAUUUCCGCUGAUAAAUUAAGGGCCAAGGGCAUUGAGAUGUUUGUAAUAGGAAUAGGUGACAUCUCACGGCCACAGCUAAACUACAUUGCUGGGUCAUCAGAAAGGUUGUUUUUUGUCAACAAUUUUGACCACCUUAAAUUAAAUAGAACAACACAGCAAGUGGUCAGCAGCAUCUGCGCUCAGCACCAAAAGGAAAAAGAGGGUUGCACUGUAGAUAUUGGUAUUGGGUUUGAUAUCUCCCGCAGUAGCUCACAGUCACUCUUUGGUACCCAAAAUAGUCUGAGGAAAUAUCUGCUUGACAUUGUAAAAUACAUCUCCACUCUGCACAACUUGUGCUGUCUACCCCAGCAGCCUUCUCUGCAAACCAAUAUUGGAUUUCGUUUGGUUGCCAGUGAUGGCAACAUAGUUCAUGAUGUUAACUUUGAGCACUACAAUAUAGACACAGUAAAGAAAGUGCUGGGAUAUACGUCUCAGGAUUUGGCUUUUAAUACCCAGCUUCUGAGCUCUUUUCAGAAUAAGUUUGCAGCAUCAAGAGCUGGUGUAAAAGUAGUAAUUAUUUUUACCGAUGGCCUGGAUGAAUCUGUUGAUGACCUCAGGGAUGCCUCAAUGAAUCUCAGAAACAGUGGAGUCCAUGCACUAAUGACAGUAGCACUAGAAGGAGUUAGAAGCACUACAGACCUACAGACGCUGGAGUUUGGACGAGGAUUUGUCUACAAUGAUCCUCUUAUGAUUAGCAUGCCAAAUGUGGCCAGUGCUCUGCAGAAGCAGAUUGAUGCUGUGGCCUCACGAGAGUGUUGUAAUGUGAUGUGUAAAUGUACUGGUCAUGAAGGGGUGAGAGGGCCUCAAGGAGUGCCAGGGACAAAGGGUUCUUCAGGAUGGACUGGACAUCCUGGCUUUCCUGGAGAUGAAGGAGGAAUUGGAGAGAGGGGUCCACCAGGUCCGAAUGGAAGCCAAGGACAUCCAGGCUGUCAUGGGAGAAGAGGUUUAAAGGGUGGCAGAGGCUACAGGGGUGAAAAUGGUGACGAUGGAGAACAUGGCUUGAAUGGAGUAAAUGGAGAACAUGGUGUAACUGGAUUGCCAGGAUACAAAGGAGAGCCAGGAGAUUCAGGCAGCCCAGGCAAGAAGGGUGUACAAGGAAUUCCAGGUGUUUCAGGACAAAAAGGACUGAGAGGUGACCCGGGUGAUCCAGGUUUAGACAACAAUGUCCGUGGUCCUAAGGGUGAGAUUGGAUACCCAGGCCUACCGGGUGAGCCAGGCCCGGAUGGAAGUUUAGGCAGGCCUGGAGAUACUGGCAGUCCUGGUCAGCAAGGAAGAAGAGGUGCUGCAGGUCAAACAGGUAAUAAAGGACCUGCAGGAGAAGAUGGAUUAAACGGAGCUCGUGGAUUUCCAGGGCCACAGGGGCCAGUAGGUCCUGCUGGUACUCCAGGACAGAAAGGAAUAACUGGUUUUCCAGGACCUCAGGGACCACCUGGCAAACAGGGAUCCCUAGGAUCUAAAGGAAGUAUAGGACCUAGGGGACCAAAGGGUCAGUCAGGAGAACCUGGUAAUAAAGGAGAAACUGGACCACCAGGCCCCAGGGGCCCUUCGGGAAAUGAUGGUCCAGAUGGAUAUGGGUUUUCAGGACCAAAAGGACAGAAGGGGGAUCUUGGUUUUCCAGGACAUCCUGGACUUCAGGGUGAAAUUGGAGACAUUGGGCGCAAGGGAGAUAAUGGGAUUAAAGGCCAAAGUGGAAGAGGGGGAAAUGCAGGCAGGCCAGGAGGAGAUGGUGAUCCUGGUGAUGGUGGACGGCCUGGACACAGGGGCCCUAAAGGACCACCAGGAACAAGGGAAAUGUCUACAUGUCAACUGAUCAGCCGCGUACGAGACAAUUGUGCCUGCUGUAAAGAUAAAGCAGCUUGCCCUGUCUACCCAACUGAACUGGUGAUUGGUCUGGACAUGUCUAAUGACGUUACUUCUUCAUUAUUUGAAAGAAUGCGCUCAACUGUUCUUUCUCUGCUGGACAGCAUUGAUAUUGCUGAAAGCAACUGUCCCACAGGGACACGAGUGUCUGUGGUCUCUUACAGUUCUAACACCAAGUACCUCAUCCGCUUUUCUGACCAUCGCCGCAAGAAGGAUUUGGUGGAAGCUGUGAAAAACAUCCCCCUGGAACGUACAUCAAACAAUCGCGACAUAGGUUUAGCCAUGAGCUUUGUGGGUAGAAAUGUUUUUAAACGUAUUCGCCAGGGUGUUCUGAUCAGAAAGGUGGCGAUCUUCCUCUCUGGUGGACAGUCCAAUGAUCUGACAUCCAUAAUCACAGCUGUUCUACAAUACAAAGCUCUGGAUAUAAACCUUGGUGUCAUUGGAUUUAGGGACACUCCAAAUGUUCGGCGUGCUUUUGGGGCUGAUGAGACAGAAAGCUUUAUUUUGUCUGUGCUGGGCACAUCAGAUACCCAGAGUGCACCACUCGAAAGGAUCCAGCGAUGUGUCAUCUGCUUUGAUCCUUGCAAUCCAGCUGGAGGUUGUCCACGCACCAGCGAGGCUUCCACUUCAAAGGAGGUAAACAUGGAUCUGGCUUUGUUGGUAGAUGGUUCCCGGAACAUCCAGGCUGAUCAGUAUGAUGGAGUAAAGCAAGUGCUAGGCACAUUGUUGGACCAGCUUGUAGUGAGUGCUCAGCCCAGUAAACUUGACAGACAGGCACGAGUGGCACUUUACCAGCAAAGCUCAUCAUAUAGUGAGGUCCAGGCUCCAGUCAAGCAGAUCUUCACUUUCCAACAGUUCCAAGACCGCAACCUGAUGAAGCAAAGCAUAUUUGAAAAUCUACAGCAGACUGGUGGCUACUCCAGGCUGGGUCAAGCCAUGGAAUUUGUAAUCAUGGAGAAUCUUUUCACUGUUUCCAAGCCUCGAAAAUACAAGAUGGUGCUGCUUAUAGUGGGAGGAGAGACAGAAUAUUCUGAUAGAGAAAAAUUGGACUUUAUCUCCAGAAUGGCAAAGUGCCAGGGUGUGGUGGUUUGUACUCUUGCAGUUGGUGAUCAUUUCAACAGCACUCAGGUAGAGGAACUUGCCAGCUUUCCCACAGAGCAGCACAUAGUUCACUUGGGCCAUGUAAAGCAAGGAGAGCAGGAGUACGCUCGCCGCUUUAUAAGGACUUUCCUACACAUUCUGAGUCGGCAAAUGAACACCUACCCUUCUCCAUUGUUCAAACAACAAUGUGAGCGUCUUCAGCAACAGCAAGGACAAGGUAAAGGUCCUGUCCUUGAUGUCUUUGAGGCUGUCAAUAGACCACCCAUUACCAGGUUUCCUCUCACAGGAUCUGCUUACACUGAGAUUAAAGAAAAAGAAUUUGUGGAGGAGAUUGAAGACACAGAUUUUUUAGAACAAAAAGGGCCACAGAUUGAGACUGAGCAUAAAGAUGAGGAUGGGCUCUUCUUGGGACCUGGAAAGUCAAAUGCCGAGUGUUUGCUGCAUAUGGACAGUGGCACCAUGUGUGAAGAGUAUGUCAAAAGGUGGUACUAUGAUAGUGAGGUUGGUGCAUGCUUACUCUUCUGGUAUGGCGGUUGUGAUGGCAACAGCAACCAAUUUAGCACGGAAAUUGAAUGCUACAAAACAUGUGUCCUGAACACCACAGAUGUGUGCUACUUGAAAAAGAAUGAUGGGCCCUGUACAAAUUAUGUACUUAAAUGGUUUUAUGAUCAAAACAAAAAUCAAUGCAUUCAGUUCUGGUAUGGAGGAUGUGAUGGAAACCUUAACAGAUUUGACAGUAAGGAGCAAUGUGAAACCCGAUGUGUGGACCUUCAUACCCUACAGUGACUUUAAUCAAACUACUUACAAUGCAAAAAUCAAGUUACCAUCAAAUUUUCUGUUUUCAUAUGAAUUAGCACAGUAGGAUAUAAAGAAGAAUACUUUAUGUCCAUUUUACUCAAAUAAUCUAGACACGUUAUACCACAUGUAAUAGCAUUUUAUCUUCUGAAAGUGGCAUUUUCAUAGUGCUGACAAAAUGAUGUCUUCUGACACUGUAACUCUGUAACUUUAUAAAAUAAAUAUGAUCCACUAAAAUGAAUAUUGCAGUUCACCAUGAACGAAAGUAUGGAAACCAUGAAUGUGUUCAUGCUUUAAUAAAAUAACAUAUGGUACUGUAUUCCCUUCGUUUUAAAUUUACUAUCCACACCAAUUGAAAAAUUCAUUUGGUAUUGCAUUAACUGCUUUAUCCUGAUCAUGGAUGUAGUGCAAGCUAAGAAAACACUUUGGAUGAAAUACCAGCAGGACAGCCAUAUGUAUACACAUUCACAACUCUAGGACACAAGCUUAGUAUCAACCUCUGCAGGCAUGGAUGCAUGUCAUCCUUCAUUUGUAACAAUUAGGGCAUGCCAGUGGGUGAAUUACUGCAAUAGACAAGUGUACAGUUAAAAAUGUGUGCCACCCUGGCACCUAAUGAUAGCCUCUCGAUCCAUCACAACCAUGACCAGGAAAACAGUAACUAAAUAUGAAUGAAUUAAUUUUAAUAGCCAGUGUAUUAUGUUUAUUGUUUUUUACAUGAUGUUUAAUGUUAAUAGCCUGUUACAGGUUGUUAAUGUGGAAUUAAAAAAUAAAUAAAUAAAGCCUCCUAUACUGAG